UGUUUUAUUAAUGAAAAAUGUUUCUAAAUCUGUAUGCAACGUAAGAUCUGAAGAUUUACUUCCCGCUACAAACAGCUCAUUCUUGUGUUAAUUUUUCAGCUUAUUACCAUAGUGAUGUUCUUCUCUGCAAAAGCUCUACGAACGAUUACUUUGGUUCGAACGCCGUUUGUAAUGUCUGCGAUGCUGACGAAGUUUAUUCUGCGUGGGAUCUGCGAUUCCAUUAAUUAUGUUCGAGACACUUUGCAAGAGGUGCUGACCCAUUGGAAGUCUGUUGCUUUACGUAUAGAAGAAAUUCUGGACUCGAUUCAGUUUUUAUAUAAGAGCACCGUUGUUGCAAGAUACCCCCACCUCACGGUAUCUUAUGAUACUCUCUUUGGAAGUAUCUCCAAGUAUGGCCAGGUACACUCUGUUUUGAGCCACUGGAUACCGAAGACACAUGAUUGUGCUCUGCCCGAAGAAAAAAUUAUAUUUAGAAAAAGAAAUGGUUUGAUUAUUACGUAUCAGGCACCAGAAAUGGCUUCCACAGCCGCUUGGUAUCUUCCGACAAAUAUAGGCUCAUUCUGCAAAGCCCUUUCAUUAGAAUCACUUAUUGAAAAAAUUGCUAGUGAGGAAGCAAUCUUCUACCAGGACGAGGAGUCUGGCACAGUUUUAGUCGGUCGAGAUACACCUAUGUCUGAGGAAGAUGGCUUUGAUUUGCGUAGAUAUUUUACAGAAAUAGCAAAUGUAGUAUCAAUGAACUCCAGGAAACGGGAGCAUCAGAAUGACUAUGAAUUCUUGGUAACUUACCGUUUUAUCACCCAUGCUAUUCUAGCUAUCUACAUUUUGGAUGGCAAGAAGUUUGGAAACGGUAUCCUUACCGUGUGUCUCCGAAACACAGAACAAGCAACACAAAUAGUGAAACGUUUAAGUAAAAAAGAAAGGAAUUUUGUCAGAAAUAUUUUUUGACUUCGGCUGAACAAUUAUUUUAUGAACUGAUUUUGAUAUCUGUCCAGCUACUAGGUUUUUAAAUAUUUAAUAAAUAUCUUAUCUUUUUUAUGUAA